UUUUCUGAUAAGAGCUCAAAAGAGAAAAAGACGGCCUCCAGUUGAGAGGAGAAAUCAACUGUCAACAGUAUUUCUGUGGUGACUUUCGAAGGUGUGAAGCAGUGUGAUAUGUAUCGAAGCCAGGAAGUGCAUCCUUCAGAGCCCAGGGCGGAGGAUUCCGUGGAGGACAACUACGAAUUCCGCGGUGCCACGCUGACUAUUAGCAGCAAUGAUGAUUCACAGGCGGUGCCUUCAAGUCACACGACAUCCCAGCCUGCAGUGCAGACCGGAAAGGAUGCAACGACACCCACAAGUCCUCCGGAACAACCCAGAGCAUCAAUCUGUGAAGCCCCGCGAGCUUUGGUCUCUGCUGAAUCCAUCAGGCCACGAAUAGGCUCUCCCAGGCACUUCUUCUGCUUCAGGAAUGGCCUCUUCGAGCAGGCCAUCAAGGACUGCACUGAAAUCUUGCUGAAGCCCUCCUUUGACAGCGACAUUCUGGGCAAUUGGCUGCUCACAGAGAUUAGUCACUGGGAUCAUGAGCGUGAGAGGAUUGUGAUAUUGACAACCAAGGCUCUCUAUGUCAUCAAGUUCGACUUCAUCGCCUUGAGGAUCCUGAAGAAGGAGAAGAUUUUGAUGAAUCGCGUGGACACAAUAAUUCAUGGGAAAUUGACUUAUCCAACAGCCUCUUUUGUACCGAAAAUCGAGGGACUCUCAAACGGAGUCUCAGCCUUCUUUCGUGGGGAUUUGCUCAGCAAGUCCUCAAGCGAGUGUAAUGUCCCCUUCAGUGGGAUUAAUUUGAGGAAGAAGAUUGAUUUGUCACAUUUUCAGGCCAUCGAUCGAAACGAAAUUGGGGUCCGUUUGAUGUGGAACAAAGGUCAACCUAUUCCAGCAGCGACGUCUUGGAACCCCUUUGCAACUGACAUUCCAUGGAAGACAUUUACUAAUCAUCCAAUUCACGGUUAUCAAGAUCAGUACAACUCUCUGCCCAGCAUUCGGGAGGAAAUUGAGGCCAAUCGAAAGACCUAUUCGGUUGAGCAUCUCCAUGAGGCCCUCGUGCAGCUGAUCAACAACCCACAGCCCAACAUCGAGUCGGCCAACAUAAAUUACAAUUGCCAGCUGGAGGAGACGCCCAUUGUCUUGGAGAACUAUGUGGGCAUCGGCGCUGUGUUUCACAAUAAGAACAACCUAGGUUUUUUCAAAGUUCGCGGAAAGUUCAGCUUCUAAGAGACGCGCAAUUAAGCAUUCCCUUUCCUCUCUUCCAAUCAUGUUGUAUUUCCAAUAAUAAUUAUAUUAAAUGUUGCCUUCUACAUCGA